AAGAACUUUUUUGCCGUAUUUUCUGUGUGUUUCAAUGAAGCCUGCAGAAUAAAAUUAAUAAAUCAGCAAUGUCCUCGUGGAAAAAGGCGUCCAAGAGCAACCAAAAAGUGCAUCGUGAACGACACCAGCCAGAUGCUCGCAAACAUCUCGGUUUACUCGAAAAGAAAAAGGAUUAUAAAAAACGUGCCAACAAUGAACAACACAAGGAGCGUAUUUUGAAGGCGCUGCGUAAAAGAGCACUAAAUAAGAAUCCCGAUGAAUUUUAUCACCACAUGAUCAACUCAAAGCUGGAAAAGGACGAGCAUCAUGAAAAAGAGAAGGAACCAGAUGAGCACAGCAAAGUACAAAAAGCGCUAAUGGAAACACAAGACAUGCAAUAUGUGACCAUGAAACGCACGAUGGAAGCAAAAAAGAUACAACGCCUGCAAGCACAACUGCAUAUGAUCGACUUUGCAAAUACAGUCGAAAACAAACAUAUUUUCUUCGACGAUGGUCUCGACGGAGAGAUAGUUGGAAAGGAGUUGGAUGAAGUUGAAUUGGCAAAACGCCUCGAGACACACCCAAACUUGUUACAGCGCAAAACAAAUCGGCCACGUAUACAGGAUUUAGAGAAAAUGAAGUUGCCUGAACUGACUCCGGAUGAAAUUAGAAAAGCUAAUGCACUGAAAAAGCAAUCAUACCAAGAGCUAACCAAGCGUAUUGAGCGCGAGAAAGAAUUGGCAGUUGCUCAGCAAAAGUUACAAAUAAAAAGAGUGCUGAAGCAGAAGCGCCUGUUGAAGCCUAAAAAAGUAAGGAAAGGCACCAAGGAUGCGCCGCCAGUAUACCGCUUUAAAUAUGAGCGCAAGAAAUAAUUUAAUAAAAUGUAAUUGCAUAAAUCAUUUUG